AUGUCAAACGCUUGAAGUUAAAUACACUUCUGAGUCAUGAUGUACGAAUAUCUAGACAUGAUGCGCUCGCUUAGAAUUGUCAAAAUUGGGUGCAAUUUUAAGCGUUAAAGCAUUAUUGAUUACGUGCGCGACAUUGACGUCAAUUGACUACAAGAGUGACGCAUUAUAUGCAAUUGCACGUGAAUUUGCCGUCGUUCUUACGUUAACGUGUAAUCAUGAGUUGUGGAUUUGUUACGUGUGGCCCGAAUGAGGCUCUUGUCGUUUCAGGAUGUUGCUACAGCAAACCUUUGUUGGUACCAGGAGGACGGGUGUUUGUUUGGCCUCUUGUGCAACAAGUACAAAAAAUCUCUCUAAAUACAAUGACUCUACAAGUUGAAAGUCCAACAGUAUAUACCUGUCAAGGAGUACCAAUAUCUGUAACAGGCAUAGCACAGGUAAAAAUUCAAGGACAAAAUGAAGAAAUGCUAUCUACAGCAUGUGAACAGUUUCUUGGAAAAUCUGAGGACGAGAUACAUAACAUAGCUCUUGUUACUUUAGAAGGACAUCAACGGGCUAUAAUGGGCAGUAUGACUGUAGAAGAAAUUUACAAAGAUCGUAAAAAGUUCAGUAAGGAAGUUUUUGAAGUUGCGAGUAGUGAUCUGGUCAAUAUGGGCAUUACUGUUGUGUCAUACACAUUAAAAGAUAUUCGAGACGAGGAAGGGGCAAAGGGUUACUUGCAAGCACUCGGUAUGGCACGUACGGCAGAGGUUAAAAGAGAUGCUAGAAUAGGUGAGGCGGAAGCUCGCAGAGAUGCUCAAAUUAGAGAAGCUAUCGCCGAGGAACAAAGAAUGGCUGCACGUUUUCUGAAUGAUACGGAGAUAGCAAAAGCACAACGUGAUUUCGAAUUGAAAAAGGCUGCUUACGAUGUUGAAGUUCAGACCAAAAAAGCUGAAGCGGAAAUGGCUUUUGAACUACAAGCAGCAAAAACUAAACAGAGGAUUAUGGAGGAACAAAUGCAAGUAAAAGUCGUAGAACGUAGUCAGGAGAUUGCUGUGCAGGAGCAGGAAAUGCUAAGACGCGAAAGAGAAUUAGAUGCUACUGUACGGCGUCCUGCUGAUGCAGAAAAAUAUAGGCUAGAAAAAAUGGCUGAAGCAAACAAAUUACGCCUCGUCAUGGAAGCCGAAGCUGAAUCUGAAGCAAUCAAAAUUCGCGGCGAAGCAGAAGCCUUUGCUAUUGAGGCGAAAGCUAAAGCGGAAGCGGAACAAAUGGCAAAGAAGGCUGCAGCGUGGAACGAAUACAAGAGUGCAGCCAUGAUAGAUAUGAUGCUUGAUACACUUCCAAAGGUUGCUGCCGAAGUAGCUGCUCCUCUUUCCCAAGCCAAAAAGAUAACUAUGGUUUCGAGCGGUAAUGGCACCAUUGGUGCAGACAAAUUGACCGAAGAAGUUUUUAGUAUUGUACAACGUGUUCCAGAACUUGUUAAGAGUUUGACAGGCGUGGACAUUGCAAAGUCGGUUCACGCUGCAUAAAUGUGCGAUGUAAAGGAUACUUUGAAUGAUUCCCAGGUCAUAUCUUAUUCUUCAAUAUACAUUUAUAAAAAAAUAUUUAACGAAUGUUUUGAUAUAUAUAUCCGAUCUUUUUGAUACAUUUAUUUUAACUAUCUUGUUCUGUAAUGUAUAUUAAGUAUAUAAUUUAAUAUUGAAAUUCUCAUAUUACGAAGAAAAUUUAACACUUUUACUGCCAUUUUUUAGCAAAUUUUUUAUCUGAAUUUUAUCUGAAUAUAUGUAUGCAAUCCUGAAUAAUGAUCCAGAAUUAAUCAUACAUUGCUUCCAAUUUUAGAAACUACAGAGAAUCAUGUUCGCAUAAGGAAUUUCUUUAUUCCUACUCAUUCCAAUAGGUUUUACUUGUACAGGCAGUGAAAGUGUGUGUAUAACUGUACCUUGUUGAUAUUAUUUUUAUAUGCCAAUCAAUUGUUUUCUUCUUUUAUUAACAUUUUACUAAUAUAUUUUAUUCAUGUAAUCGCAUCUGUUAAUUAAAAAAAUUCAAACAUUUUGUCGAAUCUCUUAAGGACCAAUUGUAAUAAUUAGUAUGGUCCACUUAUUAUUCUAUGCCAAAAUGUGCCGAAUUGCCAUAUUCCCUCAAAUAUUCUAUAUUAUAUAUGUAUGUACCUUUUAGAUAUUAUCAAAUAACUGUUUAAAGAAAAAUACCGUGCAAAAUAUUAUAGUGUUUCUUAACGUCAUUUAAUAUCGUUCAAUAUGAAGAGAAAUCUUUUCUAGUCCUUCAGAUAAAUGUAUAUGUGACCUCAUGCAAACGUGUGCGCUAUAUUUUCUGUAUCUACAAGAUAAAGAGACAAUGAUAUAUUUUA